UCCUAAAAUUAGUCCACAUUGGAAAAGCCGGUUAUUUAACUGAACUAACGUUUGAGAUCGAAUUUAUUUAUUCAUUUAUUCGUUCUAUUUAACAAAAUAAACAUGAAUUCGGGUGGUUGGGUGGUUGACGAGAAUGACGAGGCCAAACAAAUUUCUCGUGUGGCUAAAACAGAUAGAAACCAUACUUUCAGUAAACAAGUAUGGUAUGAUAUGUAUACUGCGAAACCAUCUACGGGAGGCCAAGCAAUAUUUAUAGACAUCGAGCACGAAGAAAAUUCUACAUGUGAGGAAUAUUCAAGAUGGUCCGAGCUCCCUGACUUAUUACUGGAAAAAAUAUUCUCCUAUUUGACAACGAAGGAGAGAUACUACGCAAGUUGCGUCUGCACAGGUUGGCAUAGAGCAUUUUACUUUCCUUAUGUGUGGAGGCAAUUCAUUUUGGAAGAUCAUACUUUAACCAGAAGCAAAUUUAAUUAUUAUUUAGGUUGGCAGUAUGUACUAGAUCACCUAAGAACUUCCCUGUGCCUACAAACAAUUGGAAAACAUAUUAAGAUCCUAAUAAUAAAACCAAUGUUUAAUUUCUCAAACCUUUAUGAGUUUAUGAAUAUUCUAUCAUGGUACAUUGAGCAGCAGAGUAAUCCCAAUCCUAAAGACAAAAAGAUGAUUGGUGUAGGAGGAAAUAUUCAAUAUUUAAGGUUUACAUUUCCGUGCGACAUGACAGUGGAGGAAGAAGAUGACGAAAACGAUGAAAGACAAAAUCACGACAAAAUGAGGCUCUUUGGCACUGGAGGUAAACUAUUAGCUGGUCUAAAGCGACUGAUGGGUAAUUUAGAAAAGCUCCAGGGACUGGAACUGAUUGACCUUAUGUUAGAACCCUGCGAAGCGCAAUUUCUAUUAGAUGAAGUUUGCCAAACAUGUUUUCUAUUAUUAAAAAAAUUGUCUUUGAUCAACACAACAAAGAUCCCUUAUCAAAUUUUGCACGUCGGGGUGUUUUUAAAUUUACUUGAACUCCGCAUAUCCCCACAAAACUUGGGAGACGAAUUGGUGGAAAUGUUGGGUUCAACAAACCUUAAACAUCUACAUAUUGUACAAAACAGGUACACCACAGACGAAGGUUUUAUUAAACCUAUUUCCCCUUACAGUUGGAAAAAAUUAAGGGCAUUAAAUCAAUCGUUAGCAGUUCAUUUAGAGGUAGAGAGUAACAAAUACAAAACGCUUGUGUGGCAGAUUGGAGCACCUGUCAGGAGCAUUCUGUAUGACUCCCCACUUAUUGGUAUCACUGCUGAUGGUAUACUGAAUACAAUAGAUUACUUCAAAUACGAUUUAAGGACCUAUGGACAUCUAAACAUUCCUCAGUUUAGUAUAGAACAGUCAUUUAGCGAAAGAAAUGAUGAGAACCUUGUUCUGCUAAUUAGGUCAUGUAUGUCUCUAUCUACACUGAUAAUAACGGAAGAAAUAUCCACAUGUACCAUCUUAUUGAUUGCGUACACAGGUAGAAACUUAAGAUGGCUGCACAUAAGAGAAAAUGCUGUUAUCCAGAAAUGUGACUGGCCAAGGAGUCCCGAAUGGUCGGACGAAUUCUAUAGUUGGUUAAAAUUCAAUAGUAAAACUAAGGAACUGGUUGAAAAAGAAGUAUCGCAAAUGUUAGACUAUAAAUGGAACUUUUUAAGUGAUAACGAUUUCACUAGGCUGGAAAUUAAUUUACACGACUACUGAGCGUUUGAUUAUUUCAAAUGUCUUUAAGCAACUUGUUAAUUACAAAUACUAAGUUAAAUAAUAUUAAGAAAUUUAUGAAGGCUGUGGUAAAAGAGCGAAAAGCUUGAAAUGUGCUCUUGAUGAGUAUAUUGUACAUAUACGAAUAUGAGAGACUGGAGAAGACUUGUUGUAACAUUAAUAUUGCAUAAUAAUAUAUCAUUAUUAAAUACAUAUUCUGUAAAAUAAAUUUGUUGUUAAAUUUAAGAUGUUGAAAAUGGGGAAAAUAAAGAGAAAUGAAAGAUUUA